CUCUGGUCUGCAGUCAGUCAGACAGCCACCCGCCUGACUUGUAGGAGGAGGGACAGGAAAAUGCCUUUCUCUGUGGGAGACAUUAGCCCUUGUGAUCUCAUGAAUAUAUUAUAGAGGGUCAUUGUGCAAUGAGGAAGGUAUUGCUGAGCUGCCAGGUUAUUAUGGCUUGCCCCAAGCACAGACUGCAACACGCUUAUUCUAAUUGACUCGGAUAGCUCAUAGUUAGUCACUGUUCAUAAUUUAUAAUUAGCAAUAAAUAAGAGUAGCAUAAUAACAUUUGAAGGGUUAUUUAUAGUAUACUUACUAUUCAAUAGGCUGGUGUGUGAUAACAAAAUACAAAUAUAUUAUUAAUGUUCGACCACACGGUAAUCAAGCAGCCUUGUCUUGUUAGCCGGGACUGCGACACUAGCUAGCUAGCUAGCUAGCUAGCCGAGUGGCUAACCGUCUACAAUCAAGAGGCACUUCAUCGUCUGGCAGCUGGAGCAGGCAAAAGUGAUGGAUAACAUGAAGAGACAGAGAGAGGCUGCACUCCUCCAUAGCAUGCACACUGCUGAGAUGCUUUGUUCUGCUUUGUACUGCUGCAAAUGGCUGCCUCUUGAGGACUGUGGGGGCUCUGUAAUGAUCCCCCCGUUCAUCCGAUGAACCCCCUCAACUCCAUGAAACCCUCCCUGCCUCUCAAUCCACAAAGCAGUGACGGCCCCUUCCUGAAUGACCCAGUCUCCUGGCAACCAGGAACCAAUCAGCACCCAGGAUCUCUCUCUGUAGUAACCACAGUGUGGGGCGUGACCAAUCCCACACACAGCCAGGUGUUCUGUUCACCCAUGGGUCCGGGUGAGAGCUCUGGCGGUCACAUGAUGCCUGGUGGUGGUCCUGGUAUGGGUCCUGGCAUGGGGUCCCAGUUCAUGGGCCAGCACUCGUACGGAGACGCUAUCUCCAAAGGAUACGGCCAGCCAAUCAUGUACGGACGUCCCAACCCUGCUUACAACCCAGCCUCGGGCUACGGAGGAAGUUACUCUGGUAACGGUGGAGGUGCCGGUAUGGGCAUCCGUCCUCCCUCAGACUUCACUCAGGCUGCUGCCGCUGCUGUUGCCGCCGCCGCUGCCACAGCAACUGCCACUGCUACGGCAACUGUUGCGGCAAUACAGGAGAAACAGCACCAGGAGAUGAGCUAUGGCCAGAUGGGUGGAGCAUCCUCUUACAGCACCCAGUUCCUGUCUCAUGCAGGCCCCCGCGGUCCUCCAGGGAUGGUCUCUUCCAGGCCCGGACCUCCACCUUCCACCGCAGGCCUGUAUCCCACCCACCCCCACCAGGCUCAGAAGAUGCCCCAGCACGGAGGCUAUCCCGGGGCCCAGCAGGGGCUCAAACGGCCGUAUAAUUCAGAGGGUUUCCCAGUGCAGCAGUACGGCUCUGGUGGGAUGUCGGGGUACCCUAACCAGCCACUGCAGUACCCCCCUGGUCCACAGCAGCGAUGUGCGCCCUCACCCUCCUACCCCUCCAGUCGGAUGCCUCUCAUGGGGCAGUACUCUUCUGGAUCGCACAACCUGGGACAGUUCCCCCCAGGAGCCGGCCAGCCCAACCCUCCACAGUAUUAUAAGUCGGAGCCAUUCAAUGGUCAGGGCAGCCUGCCAUCUGGAGGAGCAGGAGGAUACAAUGCCUUCACACAGGCUGCAGUCAACGGGCCAGGUCGGGGUGGAGUGAUGCCCGGAUAUCCCAGCUCUCCCAUGGGAGGGAAUCCCACGCCCCCCAUGACACCCGGGACGUCAAUACCCCCAUACCUGUCCCCGGGCCAGGACACAAAACCCCCCUACCUCCCACCGGACAUCAAACCCAACAUAAACGCCCAGCAGAUCUCUACAGGUAACCCGAGUGACGACCUGCGUCUGACAUUCCCGGUACGAGACGGCGUCGUGUUGGAGCCGUUCAGACUGGAGCACAACCUGGCCGUCAGUAACCACGCCUUCCAGCUGAGAGACUCUGUGUACAAAACACUCAUGUUGAGGCCGGACCUGGAGUUGCAGUUUAAAUGCUACCACCACGAGGACCGACAGAUGAACACAAACUGGCCUGCAUCCGUUCAAGUCAGUGUCAAUGCAACUCCUCUGUGCAUUGAAAGAGGGGACAACAAAACCUCCCACAAGCCCUUGUACCUGAAGACGGUGUGUCAACCGGGACGUAACACAGUGCAGAUCACAGUAACCGCCUGCUGCUGUUCGCACCUGUUUGUGUUACAGUUGGUCCACCGGCCGUCCGUCAGGUCUGUCCUGCAGGGUUUGAUGAAGAAGAGACUCCUGCCUGCCGAGCACUGCAUCACCAAGAUAAAGAGAAAUUUCAGUAGCGGUACGAUCCCCGGGACCCCUGGUUUGAACGGAGAGGACGGCGUAGAGCAGACGGCAAUCAAAGUUUCCCUCAAAUGUCCGAUCACAUUCAGACGAAUCCAGCUGCCAGCCAGGGGGCACGACUGCAGACACAUACAGUGUUUCGACCUGGAGUCCUAUUUGCAGCUUAAUUGUGAAAGAGGGACCUGGAGAUGUCCUGUGUGCAAUAAAUCAGCUUUGCUAGAAGGACUGGAGGUGGACCAGUACAUGCUCGGGAUUCUCAUCUACAUCCAGAACUCAGAGUAUGAGGAGAUCACCAUAGACCCGGUGUGUGGCUGGAGGCCGGUGCCUGUAAAACCAGACCUGCACAUAAAGGAGGAGCCGGACGGCCCGGUGCUGAAGCGCUGCCGGACCGUCAGCCCGAGUCACAUGGUGCUGCCUAACGUGAUGGAGAUGAUCGCGGCUCUGGGCCCCGCGUCGUCCCCCUACCACAGUCUGUCUGCAGGGGGCAGGAACACCCCCGACUACAACCGGCCAGGGAGCCAGGGAUUCUCCGGCCAAGGAGGCUUCUCAGACUUCCCCAACACUCCUGGCACCCCGACACUGGGAGAGUACUCCUCCUCCGGACCUCCCCUCCCCUAUCAGUCGGAGCAGACGUCUCAUCCUGGACGAAUGGAACACGGCCAUAACAUCCUGCAGCAGCACAGCUCAGGUGUCCAUGGAAACCAGAGUCUCGGAGACGCCGGCAGUCCACUGUCGCAGCGGAACAUCAACACCCAGAAUUCACGGCUGCAGAACGAAGGCCCCUUCGUUCUGGGAGGCCCUGGAGCCCCCGGGGGGGACGCGUCCGACCACGCACUAGACCUUCUUCCUGAGCUGACCAACCCGGACGAGCUGCUGUCCUACCUGGGCCCCCCCGACCUUCCCAACAACAGCAGUGAUGACCUGCUAUCUCUCUUUGAGAACAACUGACCCCCUCCAGUCAUCUUCCAGUCUCUGCUUCCCACGGUGCUGUAGCCCGGCCCUCAUUGGCUAAAGCCAGCACUGUCUCUAUGGGCGCCCUCUUCUGUGUGUGGGUGUGUGCGAGUGUGCAUAAAUGUGUGAGUGUGUGCGAGUGUGUACAUGAUUGCGUUUUUGUGUAUCUUUUUUUUUUUAAGUGUCCUGCUGUAAAUUCAUUCAUUGCAGUUUACAGGAACCGGAGGGAACAUGCUUCACAUGUGAUCACUGUCUUUCAUGAAGAACAUAACAGUACAAACUGUAGGCACUGACUCUGCAGACCAGCAUUUUAAACUAUAGCACAAACCACAGGGUGAAGGAUUUAAAUAUACAGUAUUUAAUUCAUAUAUUGUAAUAGUUAGAAGUGGAGGACAAUGGAAGAUAGGGUGUGUUUAUAAGGAGUUAUAGGACGCAUUAAUACAGUGGUUCCCAAAUGUUUCUGUCGCUAUUUUGCACACACGCACAUUCCUGGUCAAUUACUUUGUAGCUCAGCAAACGGAUUUCAACUGUUUUCUUUGAGAUGACAGUUUCCAGAGUUGUAAAAUCCUUCCUCAAUAUAUAUUGAACAGCAGUAAACCCUCCAACCCUCUACCGCGUUGGGGACCACUGCAUUAAGGGAUAUUCUUUACUUUUCGUAUUGUCAACGACUCCCAUGAAAAGAACCAACAUGAUAUUGAUCCAUCUUUCAAUACUAAAUGACUUCCUGUCUGUGGUGCAGAUCUUGAGAAACGGAUCCUUAAUUGUCAAUGCAAUUCAAGGACAGCAAAAAUCAGUAAAACAACACAAAAACAUCUAUAUUUUUAUGUUUUAAAAAAGCUAAGUUAUUUCUUCAAACAGCUGGUAAUCAAAUACAAUGCAGGAAGUAAGGCAUUUGUGAGGGACUAUUUUCAGCGGCACAUGUAUCCACAUUUGUGUCUGAGUAUUCGGGUGUUUUUGGACAACAAUCGAGCUCUAUGGCACAUACCAAGGUGUAUCGAGCUUUAAUACACACACAAUACUUGUUAGUAGAUACCAUUUCUGUUGAUUUGGGCUUUAUUGACAAUAAGGAAAUACAGAGCAUCAACAGACUUUAUUCACAAUGAUGUAAGAUAAGGGCAGUGGUCACUUUUUUUGUUUCUUUGUGUUCAGUCCGAUGGCAGAGUAAAAGAAAAGAUCCGAGGGGCCUCCUCACCUAAGGACAAACUAAGCCCAGCCUAUGAAGGCGGGGCCCAGAUGUAAAAUAGACAUUUUUUUCAUUCAUGAAGUUUGGGAGCAGGCUGAGGUUCAUUGUAUCUCUGACAUCCUUCAGCACUGUGAAAUAUAUUAAAGCUCCCUUCUUUACCUCGGUUUGUUUUCACCUUCCUAUGAAGGGUUUUUCAAGCAUCUGUAAAUGAGUACAGCUGUGUGUCGUGGCAUUUUCUGCCAUUUGAAAGCUAGUAUGUUUUAAAAUGGUUUCACAUGUAUAACCCAUCAUGACACGGGUUUAUGUACUCUAUAAUCAGCUGUUUUCAUUAGAGAACGUGUGUGUAUCAAAUGAAUUGUUAAUCAUGGUAAUUGUAAUGUUAUUUAGUUGGAUAAUGCAUCAUUGUUGGCACUGUAUACAUACUGUAUGUUAGAAGAUUAUAAAGCAAUUGUAAAAAGGUCGUACUAAUGCAUGUAUGACAGAAAACAGUCAGCUGACAUUGAGUAAUGCAGUUAAAGAUGCAGAGGAAGAAAUUAUUCUUAUUAACACUUUUUAAAGCUGAUGUUUUUUUCUAUGAAUGAUCUCACCCUUUGUGGUCCAACAAGGCAACAAGAACUAAUGUUCAUUGCCAAUUGAGAAAGCCAAUAAUGUUAUAUUUGGAAACUAUGGACUAUUUAACUGCAAAUUUGCUAGAAAAAAUGUUUUUUUAAUAUGUAAACUAUUCCACAUAUUUUGUAACACAUUGUAAUUGCCAUUAUUUUCUAUUUAUUUUUUAAUCAUAAUCGUCAUUGUACCUACAGUUACCUUGUCCCUUUCCUGAAUCUCAGAAUCAGAAUUAAAAAUCACUAUCUGACAAA